AUGAAUCCACUUGCUUCAAUUCUGUAUUCAUCAUCACCAGUUAAUACAAAAAAAUGUAAAAAUCUAUCAUUCCAAUCAUCUGUAAAACCUCUAUCAAAAAAAACAUCUCAAUGUCAAAUUGGUAUGCUAUUUCGUUCAUCAACACCGAAAACUUCUUUACAAACUGGAAUAAAACCAACGAUAACAGCUCAUCCAACGACAUUGUCAUUUUCUUCACCAUCAAAAUCAUUCUCAAUGAAUUCUCCUCAAAGUCCACGUUGUUCAACACCACUAUUUGCUAAACAACGACGUACACGUCCGUUUAUCGCAUGUGAACUCUGUCGACAACGUGCAUUUCAAUCAAUAAAUUCCGAUGAAAAUAAAACGAAAGAUAAUGAAACCGAAAAGAAAAAUUCUAAACAACAACAUCAUCAUUCUACAACAAUACAAUAUUAUCAAUAUCAAACAAAUACUAGUAGUAUCCGUCGACGUCGUCGAAGACAACGUUCAUCAAUGGAUCAACUUCUUGUAUGGAUCGUAUAA